AUGUCGGUUUCAUAUGCAGCGGUACCGAAGCCGUCGCCCUGGGACCUGCCAUCUGCGGAGGAGAUGCGUGCUUUCCUAUACCGGAAAGUGGGUCGCUUGCGGAAAAAGUGGUGCACCAACUUGUUCGUCAUCGAGGACGGUGUGCUUUUUGUGUGCUGGGACCAGACAUCUCACUUCCUCAUCGAGCUGGCAAUUCCUUUGACCAAUAUUCUGCAGUGUGUCAAACAUGUGAAAGACAACGCAAUCUUUUCUGUGGUUUAUACGGACGUGAAGAACCGAAAGGGAAAGACCAAGUCAUUCCGGAUGGAGGUGCGAUGCAACAACGAAGAUGAGAGGGACGGAUGGGUGGACCGUUUGCUGUCAUUGCGCGAGACGUCUCGUGCGUUGAGUGGGGAGUUAGUGGACCGACAGAAGGCUGAGGAGUUGUUGCAGAAAGCGUUAGGAGAACUGCGACGGGCGGCGGCAUUGUCGUUGGGGGCGAGUGUCGGUCGUUUGCAGAAGAUGCACGAGGAGCGUGGUCGGCGGCGUGCGUUCCUGGCGUUGGCAGACGGUCAGAAUCGGUUGCAUGGGAUACUGAAGGGCAGUCGUUCGAAUAGCGUGAUGAUGUCUUCAACGCAUGGUUUACCCCCAACGGACGAGAUCGUAGAAAGGGAAGUGCAGCGUCGACUUUCAGCCCUCAAACAUAAACUGGAACGAUCUCAGAGUCGCAGAGACUCCAUGACUGGUAAAGAAGUACACGUCAACGCCGUCCGACAUACCGAGGCUGCCCUCCGUCUCGUGUACUGGUUCCAGG